AUGGCCCCUCAACUUGAAAUUGCAGAUCUCCUUGUCGAUAAACCUUCGGCGUCGUCACGGUUGAUGAUCCUUGCCCUGUGCGCUGUCGCUGGUUAUUUUCUGUGGUCUGUGAUUUAUAAUCUUUUCCUCAGCCCUCUUCGAAAAGUACCUGGCCCGAUACUAUGGGCAAUUUCACCUCUCCCUCAAGCUCUCAUGCAAUUUUCCGGAAGGCCUCAUAAAAAGGUCCUCGCCCUACACCAGAAGUAUGGCGAUGCGGUUCGCACUGGCCCACGAUCGGUCUCGUUUCUCAACCCUCUGGCAUGGAAGGAGGUGUACGGCCAUCGCAAGUCAGGACAGCCCGAGAAUCUCAAGGACCCUGGGUUCUUCAGAGAUGUCAGCCAGGCGGUCAUUGCUGCGGAUUCGGAGAAUCACAGUCGAAUGCGUCGAAUACUUGCGCAUGGCUUCUCAGCACAAGAGAUGAGCAAACAGGAACCAAUGAUUCGUGGUUACAUCGAUCUCCUAUUCGAGCGUAUGAGGGAACACAGCAUCAGCGGUCGACCUGUGGAUAUGGCCAAGUGGUAUAACUACACUACGUUCGAUGUCAUUGGAGACUUGGCCUUUGGAGAAUCAUUUGGCUGUUUAAACUCAUCAAGCUACCAUGCCUGGGUGGCUAUCAUAUUUGAUCAAUUCAAACAGAAACAGAUUUUACUGCAGAUCCGAAGAGCCUAUCCGACCCUUGAGUCCCUCAUCAGCCCGCUUCUACUGUUGUUCGUUGCUGAUAAGAUACGGGAACACACACAACUUACAGAGACUAAAGUUGCAAAACGGUUGUCCCUUGGAUCAAAUCGUCACGACUUUAUGGACGCCAUGACUUCAUCCGAUACAGACGGAAAACAGAAAAUGACCCUCAAGGAGCUCCAUCACAACGCGGAUUUAUUGAUCAUUGCUGGCUCUGAGACCACUGCGACAACGCUCUGCGGCGUGACAUACCUGCUCUGCACGCACCGAGACGUUUUGGAUAAAUUGUGCAAGGAAGUACGAUCGACGUUUGACACUGAAGCCGAAAUCACUCUUCUCAGCGCACAGAGGCUGCGAUAUAUGGCGGCAGUGAUCGAUGAGGGUAUGCGCAUAUACCCAGCUGCGCCUGCUUCAGUUCCCCGCUUGAUUCACCGAGGAGGCGAGGUGGUCUGUGGAAAAUAUCUUCCCGAAGAGACCAUCGUCGACAUUUGGCACUGGUCCAUGUACCAUAACCCAAGUAACUUUGCGUUGUCAGAGUCAUUCAUACCUGAGCGAUGGAUGGGUGACCCGCGUUUUGCAAACGAUAAGAAGGACGCUUUCCAGCCCUUUUCCACUGGAGCACGGAACUGUCUCGGAAAAAACCUUGCAUAUGCUGAGAUGAGAUUAAUUUUGGCCAGGCUUGUCUGGAACUAUGACAUUUCGUUGGCUGAAAAGCAAGAGACGGACUGGAUGCAGAAUCAGCGGAUGUUCGGCUUGUGGGAGAAGCCACCCUUAAACAUACGCCUGAACCCCCGCAAGAUUGAUUAAGUCUUCUGGCUGAGCGCAUCUAGGCCGAGACUAUGAUUAAUUUAAGAAAAGCCACACUCUAUCCUAGGACGGCCCCUCGCCAACUGUCAUGAGAUCAUCUAAUCGAAGUUCUGCCGACAAUUCUGUGAUAUAUCAGGAUAGGGCCACUGUUAAAACAAACAUCUUUAUAUAAAGCAUUGAUGGCGGGUUGACCUAUGAUGUUUUAUAUGUAAAUAUUGGGUACCUAGGUAGGUAGGUAACUUAUCCCGUAAUGAUCUUGGCCGGGAACAAUACCUG